AUUCGCGAGACCUUUGGCAAGAUCAUCACUGAUGAGGAAAUACGCUCCCUUGAGGUGUACGCCAAACAGUAUUACCUGCGGACGGGCGAAAGAUAUGUGCCCGAGUACUGGGUGCCUUUCCAGUGGGCUGUACGCCUAGUGCAAAAAGCCGGCCUAAACGGUCAUAUUCCGGAGAUUAGGCAGAUUGGCGUCCUCCUGGGUGAAAUCGGAAAUGUACGCACUGGCAUGGAGAAUCUGCAAAUCUACAGCAGCAUAAGAAUGCCACUGGUUUAUACUCAGGUGCGUUCCCUAUUUUUCUUUAGCCCUCAGCGUCUUGUUGAAUGA